UGCAGUAUUACCGUUUUGUAAAAAUGCACUUCUUAAUAGUGAGUGUUGGAUUAUUGACACUUUGCAGAGCCUGCUGUGGUGCAGCAUUUGCUUACUGCAAAUACACUGAUCCAAAUUUUGACAGUUGUUUCAAAGAUUCUUUUCAGAAAGCAAUCAAACUUCUAGAGAACGAUAUUCCUGAAUAUGGAUUAGCCAAUUUGAAGGUCUACAAAAUACCAGCUCUUUCAAUACAAGCUGGUUCCGGUUCUGUACAUUUAAUACAAAAUUACAAAAACGUAGAAUUGCUUGGAUUGUCCGAUGCCACAGUGAUCAGCGCGCAUUUUGACAAGGACAAGAAAAUUUUAUCAUUCAGUAUACUGAUUCCAAAUUUGAUACAAAGAGCGGAAUAUGAAGUGAAUGGAAAGCUUAUGGCAUUACCUGUGGUUGGCCAUGGACCAUCUGAACUACAACUAGAAAAUGUAGAAAUGACUACUGAAGUAGGCCUGGAAGAAGAGAACAGAGAAGGCUUAAUGUACUACAAAAUAACAUCGUACAAACUGGAUUUAAAAACUUCCCAUUUACGAAGCCGAUUCGAUAAUCUGUUCGAUGGCAACAAAUUGUUAGGCGACAACAUCAACAGGGUGUUGAACGACGAAUGGCAAAUUAUUUUCAAUGAUGUGAAAUCUUCAACCGAAGCUGCUUACUCGACAGUACUCAAGGAUUAUGUACAGACGUUUUUUAAUCACGUACCUGCCAAAGAUCUGUUCUAUAGAGUAGAAAUAAUGAUUGCGGUUUAUAAUAUAAUAUUUUUAACAAUUCUGUGCUACUCUGAUGGAGCGAAAAUUAAUUUUUGUAAGUCUACAAAACCGGAUUUUAACAAUUGUUUGAAAAAAUCAGCGGAAGAAGUUUUAGUUUUAUUAAAAGAAGGUAUUCCUGAGUAUGAUUUGCCAAAUUUAACAGUAUUUAAAGCUCCAAAAAUAACAGUCCAAGCUGGAAUUGGAGCUGUUGAAUUGAUACAACACUACGAAAAUGUCGAAAUAUAUGGUUUGUCAGAAGCAAUUGUUAAAGAUGUGUAUUUUGAUAAAGAUAAGAAGAUAUUUGGAUUGACUGUAACAAUACCGAAGUUUACCUUGAAAGCUGAUUACUCCGUGGAUGGAAAACUCUUAGCUCUUCCAGUUGUUGGGUCUGGACCAUCUUUAUUAGAGUUUUAUAAUUUGGAGAUGAAGAAUGUCCUGUAUCUGGAAGAGUACACCAGAGACGGAACGAUUUAUUACAAAAUCAAAACUUACGAUUUGGACUUGUCUACUUCAAAAAUGAACUCUCGAUUUGAUAACAUGUUUAAUGGAAAUAAACUGUUGGGUGACAAUAUCAACAAACUAUUGAACGACGAAUGGGAAAUUAUUUUUAAAGAUACGAAAGCUUCAACUGAGAAAGCGUACAAGGAGGCUAUACAACCGUAUAUCCAAAAAUUUUUGGACAAAGUACCAGCAGCAGAGUUAUUUUAACUCGUUAAGGUAUCUUUGUAAAUUUAAAUUUCAUUAAACAUAUUAGGAAAUUGUAUUUUAACAUCAAUAAAUAGCUUUUUUAUUAUA